GAUGUCAUCAAUAAAAUCCCAAUGUUUGAAAGCGCAGGCUUUUCAGCAUUCCACUUAAAUCACUCCUUUUCUUUCUAGAACUAGAACUAGAACAGAUAUUAGCAGUCUCAUCUUAUCCCGCGAGUUUUUUUUUUUACUCCUGAAGUAAUUCUCUACACAAUGUCUUAUGUACCUCCUCACCUGAGAAACUUUUCUGCCGGCAAAACCACCACUCUGAACAGUGACGGCGCCGCCGCCGAUUACUUCUCAUCAAAACUCAGCUCGCAUCAGUCCAGAAUUCAUUGCAAUGGCGAGCUCGACAAGUCCUCGUCCAACGGAUACUCUAAUUCAUCUCGCCGGAGCUCCGUUAAUUACUCGACGGCAUCGAGAACGGCCAUCCCUGACCCUGAGUUUCCCCAAUGGAAGCCUUCCGAACGUGUUCUCCGUCUUAAAUCCGAGCAGAUAGAAGAGAUUCGAUUAAGGCUUAACGUUGAUGUAAAUGUUGCCCCAGGCUCAAGUUCUGCACCUGCACCUAUUGAAUCAUUUCCUGAUAUGUGCUUGCAUCCAAGCAUCAUGAAGGAUAUUGAAAAGCAUGGCUACACUGCACCGACUUCUAUUCAGGCUCAAUCCAUGCCAGUUGCUCUUAGUGGCAGAGAUCUCUUGGGUUGUGCUGAAACUGGUAGUGGGAAGACCGCUGCGUUCAGCAUACCUAUGAUACAGGUUGCGAAUUUCAUGUCCAUGUCAUAUUGCGAAUCUGUCAGUGUGCACUGUUUGGCUCAACAACCUCUUCAACGUGGUGAUGGACCUUUGGCAUUAGUGUUGGCGCCUACGAGAGAGCUUGCGCAACAAAUAGAGAAAGAGGUUACGGCUUUCAGUCUGUCACUGGAUUCCUUUAAGACCGCAAUUGUUGUAGGUGGGACAAACAUUAGUGAACAGAGGUCUGAACUUCGAGCAGGAGUACAUAUAGUGGUUGCUACUCCAGGAAGACUUAUAGAUCAUUUACAGCAAGGAAAUACUUCCCUCUGCAGGAUCUCUUUUGUUGUUUUGGAUGAGGCUGAUAGAAUGCUUGAUAUGGGGUUUGAACCUCAGAUAAGAGAGGUGAUGCGAAAUCUUCCAGAAAAGCAUCAAACACUGCUCUUCAGUGCCACCAUGCCAACAGAAAUUGAAGCAUUGGCACAGGAUUACUUGACUAAUCCGGUGCGGAUAAAAGUUGGAAAAGUUAGCAGCCCGACUGCAAAUGUUUCCCAGAUUUUAGAGAAGGUACCUGAAAAUGAUAAGAUUGACCGACUUUUGGAUUUGUUGGUUGAGGAGGCAGCUCAAUCUGAAAGAUCUGGUCAUCCCUUCCCUUUGACCAUUGUAUUUGUGGAAAGGAAGACGAAGUGUGAUGAAGUAGCAGAAGCUUUAACGCAGCAGGGUUUGCUUGCAACUGCACUUCAUGGUGGUCGUAGCCAAAGUGAAAGAGAGGCCGCCCUUCGUGAUUUCAGACACGGUCCUAUCAAUAUCUUGGUCGCGACUGAUGUUGCGUCUAGGGGAUUGGAUGUCACAGGAGUUGGACAUGUAAUUAACCUAGAUCUCCCAAAGACCAUGGAAGAUUAUGUACACCGGAUUGGAAGGACUGGUCGUGCAGGAUCAACGGGCCGAGCUACUUCAUUUUACACUGAUCGUGAUAUGUAUCUUGUGGCACAAAUACGAAGAGCUAUUGCUGAUAUCGGUUCUGGUAAUGAUGUGACCUUUGCUAUGGGAAAGACUGCUAGAAGAAAGGAGAGAGAGGCUGCAGCUGCCGAAAAAGAAGCAAGGAGUACAUUGUCUAAACUCUCUUUAGUCGAGUCUGCGGUAAAUGUGGAGGAUAAAUAUAGGCACAUGAUUACCCCAGCGAUGAUAAAAAAGGAGGGAGCUGCAGAUGAUGCUUGGGAUGACUGAUGUUUGUUGUGAACAUCUUAUGUGCCUCUAUACUGAUGGAUUGAAGCAGUGGCAAGCCCGUGAAGCUACAAUGUUUGGGUGUGUACAUCUGUAGUGCAAAAAACGUCUAACAUGGAAAAAAAAAGAAACCAGAAAAUAUAUAUAAGGAGCUGCUAGCCUCGACACCCUUUUUGUAUGCUGUAUUGGUGUUUUCACACGUGGUUGUCAAUGAAGGGAACAUUGAGCACAGUUUGACAGGUAUUGAAAGUCAGGCGGGAAAUAGAGUUUCAUUUACGUGCAAAAAAAUGACUUAUGAAAUCUUAAUUCCAUUGUCUAAAAUUUUGUUGUUGAUUUGGUC